GGUCAUGAUCUGCCAUGGCAGCGCAGAAAACAUUUGUACAAAACUACAAACCCAUCAUCACCGACGUGAGUCGUGAGCCGUGAGCCAUGGCUUCCAUGGUAAACUGUUCAUCUGCAAUACACAUUCAAUUUCCUCGAUCUUUUCUUGUCGCUUUGAUUCUCUUUUCGUCGCUUUUGCAACUCUCACUCUCCCACCAACUCGGAACAAACGAAGAAGAAGAAGGAUUUGGGCGUCGGAAACUUUUAGGGUUUAAAGAGAAACCAGAUGGUUCGAAUACUACUUUUGAAUGCUCCCCUUCUGGUCCUUGCGUUUCCUGUCAGUAUUCUGAGAAGAAAGAUGACAAAUAUCGCUGUAGUGAAACUGGAUAUCGUAUUCCUUUUAAGUGUAUCAAAGUUGGAGAUGUGAAAAAGGAAACGAUUGGUAAUGUCCCUCAAAAUGGCCAAUCUACUCAAGAAGUAUCUGUUAAUGCAGACAAUGUUGCAACUAAGCACAGGACAUUAGCAACAGACAAAUCUUCUAAUCAGAAGGGUGAACCCCUUGAGUAUGUGACCUACAGAAGUUGUAUACAGGGUGUAAAUGAAGAGAAGCUCUCUGUUCUUGGUUUUGAGGUUCUUAUAUUGGGUCUCUUGCUCGUCAGUGGAUCAUUUGUAUUCAUCAGGCGGAAAAAAACUGUAGCAAUGGCUGGUGUUGGAAAUGCAAGGGUUCAGAGUAACUCAAGGUUUUAACGAAUUCUUUUGGCGUGGUCUAUGGCUGUGUUAGUGAAAUGAAGGCUUUUUUACUUUUACCUUUUCUUGUAAAUGUUGUAAUAGGCUGUCAUGAAAGGUCUUGACCCACAAAUCUACAAAAUCUCAAAUCCUCACCUUAAUCAAUUCAUUAUAAGGCUCCUUGUAAGUUUUAAGUAGUAAUAUUUUCUUGGCUGAUUUUGUUAUUCUCUUUGUUGCUGUGGCAUGUAUAAUUAGCUUGACUCUAGUCUGACUUUGUGUAAGUAUCAUAUGGGAUUGCUAGCCAAGUUGAAGUCAAUGAUUAAGUAGGACACGAUGAGGGUGUAUUUCCCAGCAAUAUGUUUUAUUGAAGGGAGGUUGAGAUGCAAAAGCAGUCGAUAACAUCUUUGCUCAAGA